AUCGUUAAUAUAAUGCUGGAAAUUAUGUACAACCGCCAUAAAGGCUAUAGAUAAUGGCAGGAUCAAGAUCAGGUGUUGUGACACGCUGGCAAGCUGAGAAAGGUUUCUAUUUGGCUGAUCCAGUACCACGGAAACGUUUCCGAGUAGGCAGUCCACCAAGAUGUACCGAAAGAUCUCAUACCUUCCGUCCUUUUUAUGUCACAUUCGAAUAUGGGGCAUCAGAAUUGAACCUAUAUAAACGCAUAUCCUCAGAGAUACAGUAUUUCUGGAGGACGGAAUGGGAAUCGCUAAAGACAGUUCCUGAACCAAAAGAUGGCAUAUAUUUCAUUACUGAUGACAAAGAAAAUGUCAAGAAAUUGUGCCUUGAAUUCUUCCAAUUUUCAACCAAAACAACCCAGUAUAAGCAAUAUGAAGAAGAGUCUUUUGAUAAAGAAUCUGUUUUUGUGUGUUAUCUUGGAUCUUCGUUUUGGGAAGAUAAGGUGAAGAAUUUUUCUGUAAAUUAA